CAAGUGCGACGGCGCAAGGAUUAGAAUGGAACCGCCGAGUUAACUUGGAGAGUAAAAUUACAGGAAGAUAAAAAGACAAAAAGAGACCCCUCCAUUUGCAGUAACUGUUGUACAAAAUGGAGAAAGUAUGCCAAGUUGAGCAGGACUCUCCAGAAAUGGAAUAUGAAUGCAAAGAGAAGGUCCUAGUAGAGAGAUGUGAUGAGAAGGAAGAGAAUCCCUUACUGCACAGGAGCCUCCCUUCCAUGACCACCAUGGAGAAAAGAAGUGUGGACAUAAAUAAAGGAGACUGUGAGUGGGAGUCUGUGCACCUUCAACAGGACUGUGGUGCCAUUAAGGAGAAGGACAGUGGAAGAGAGGCAAGGUGUAAACAGGAAUCUGAUCCAGAGUCUGCCCAAACUGACAUGCGGAAAAACAAAAGUAUAAGUAGCUUCACAGAAAAAGACUUUAAAAUAGAGCCCAUCUCGCAGACUUUAUGUUCCAGUGAAGUGGUACCUGGAUUAGAAUUCACAGCAAGUGCACGCAGCUCCCUGCAGCACCAUUCUGUCCCCCUGAGAUCCAAACCUGUGGAGUGUGACAUGGAGAAGUCUGAAAAAUCAUCAGGCUCAGGUUCUUCUGACCGAGAUCUACAAGACAAUGGUAGUUUCUCCUCAUCUCACACCUGUCUUCACUCCAGAGCACAGUGUACAACACAUGAUGAGAAUAUGAAGACAUCAGCUUCUACAUCCAAGAGUUUGAAAGCAACAUUUUUGCAGAAUAGUUCUCUGCCUGUUGUGGUACUUACAAGGAUAGAUGUGUCCAACAGUAAGCUACGUGGCUACAAUAGAAAUUCAGCAGCGCUGUCUGUUUGCCAAGAGCAGAGAAAAGGUUUCAGUCGCAAACAUAAGCACAAAGAUAAGUUGAGUUCUUCAAAACAAAAGUGGUAUGAUUGUUCUGAAUGUGGAAAACAUUUUUCUAGGAAGUGGCAUCUUCAGACCCAUACAAGAAUCCACACUGGGGAGAAACCAUACCAGUGUUCUGUGUGUGGCAAACGAUUCACUCGUAAUAACAGCCUUCAGAUCCACACAAAACUUCACACCGGAGACAAACCAUAUACCUGCUCUGAAUGUGGUAAAGGAUUCCCUGACAGAAAGCAGUUUCAGAGACACGUUAGAGUUCACACUGGAGAGAAGCCGUAUUGCUGUUCAGAAUGUGGAAGAGGAUUCCCAUGUAGUAGCAGUCUUCACGCACACAGGAGAUGUCACACUGGAGAGAAGCCACACAGUUGUACUGAAUGUGGAAAACAAUUCUCUCGCAGCAGCAGUCUAAAAAUUCAUGCAAGAAUUCAUACUGGAGAGAAGCCAUAUUGCUGUUCUGAAUGUGGUAAACGAUUCUCUGACAGUAGGCCAUUUCAAAGACACACAAGAAUUCACACUGGCGAGAAGCCGUAUAGCUGUUCAGAAUGUGGCAAACGGUUCUCACACAGUAACAGUCUUCAGAUCCACAGAAGAAUUCACACUGGAGAAAAGCCAUAUUGCUGUUCAGAAUGUGGCAAGCAAUUCUCCCAAUUAAGCAAUUUUCAAGAUCACUCCAGAAUUCACACAGGAGAGAAGCCGUAUCGUUGUUCUGAAUGUGGCAAAGGAUUUGCCACCUGUGGGCAUCUUCAGAGUCACAAAAGAAUUCACACACGGGAGAAGCCAUAUUGUUGUAAUGAGUGUGGCAAACGGUUCUCUCAUGGGAGCACUUUCAAAAAACAUACAAAAAUCCACACUGGACAGAAGUCAUUUUUUUGUGUUGCAUGUGGUAAAGGAUUCUUUACCACGACUGAACUUCAAACCCAUACCAGGAUACACACAGGCGAGAAGCCAUACUGCUGUUCUAAAUGUGGCAAACGAUUCACAACCAGCAGCAUUCUUCGUUGCCACAUAAGAAGUCACACUGGAGAAAAGCCUCAUUCCUGCCCUGAAUGUGGCAAAGGAUUCUCCGACAAAAGAAGUCUUCAGAACCAUGCAAAAGUUCAUACUGGAGAGCAAGAAGAAAAUGUGGGCCCAGAUUUGGGAUAUACGUGUGAAGAGAAAGUCCAAGAACUGAUGUGUAGUGAUGAGGUAGAGACAAAUCUCACACUGCGCAGGAGCCUUUCUUCUGUAUUUACCAUGGAGGAAAGAAGUGUGGACAUUAAGGAAGAGGACUAUGAGUUGGGAUCUGUACACCUUCAGCGGGAGAGUCAUGGCAUUAAAGAGGAGGAUUGUGAAAGGGUGGCUAAGAUUAAACAAGAAUCUGAUUCAGUGUUUGGACAUGCUGACAUGCAAGAAAAUGAAACAGUAAGUAGUUACACAGAAGACUUGAAAUCGGAGCCUGUGGCCCCAUCUUUAAGUCUCAAUGAGAAGGUACCUGGAAUAAUGUUAAUGUCAAGUGGACAUGGGCCCCCCCAGCAUCAUACUGUCCAUUCAAAGUCCAAAUCUUUGGAAUGUGACACAAAAAGGACUGUAAGAGCAGCAGGAUCUAGUCAUUCUGAAGAAGACAAAAAUGAACACUGCCAUUUUCAGCACCUGUUGUACAAUAUGCAGGAAGUGGGCCUAGCUGUCCAGGAGCCUCUAGAUGUGGGGUAUAAACGUGAAGAUAUGUGUAAUGACAAAAAAGAGUGGCAUCCCAUACUGCACAGGGCCCCUCCUUCCAUGUCUAUGACAGAGAGAAGUGGUGUAGCCAUUAGGGAAGAGGCCUGCGAAUGGCAAUCUGUGCACCUUCAUCAGGGCAGCCAUAACGUUAAAAAGGAGGAUUGUGAAUGGGUGGCUGUAAGGAUUAAAGAAGAAUCUGAUUCAGUGUUUGGAUACACAGACAGGCUCAAAAACGAAAGCAGGUUUAUGAAAGACUUUAAAUUGGAGCCUGUACCCCAGUCCUGUCUCAACGAAUUAGACCUCAAGCCUGGUGGGCACUGCUACCUGCAGCAUUAUUCUUACCACCUGGACAAGUCUGCAAAAGCAUCAGGCUCAAGUCAUUCAGAAGGAGGUAUGCAGAGCAGUGGUAGUGCCUACUCAUCUCAGACCUCUCUUCCAACUAGAUCAGAACAGACGACAGUGGAUGAGGAUAUGAAGAAGUCAAUGUCUAGAUUGGAGAGUCUAAAAGCAGACUCUUUUCAGGACAAUGCUCUGCUUGAUAUGCAGUUUUCAAGGAUAGAUCUAACCAAUGGUAAACUACAGAUGCACAAUGCAAGUUCAUCCAUGCUGUCUGUUUGCCAAGAGCAGAGGGAAAGUUUUAAUUGCAAACCUAAACACAAGGAUCAGUUGAAUCCUACGAAAGAAAAACUGUAUGAGUGUACUGAAUGUGGAAAACAAUUUUCCAGGAAAUGGCAUCUCAAGACCCACACAAGAACUCACACUGGAGAGAAGCCAUACCAGUGUUCUGAAUGUGGCAAAUGGUUCACUAGCAGUAGCACCCUUCAUACCCACACAAGACUUCACACUGGAGAGAAGCCAUACUGCUGCUCUGAGUGUGGUAAACGAUUCUCUGUCAGACAGCAUUUUCAGAGUCACACUAGGGUUCACACUGGAGAGAAGCCGUACUGUUGUUCAGAAUGUGGAAGGGGAUUCUCAUCUAGUAGUGGUCUUCAAGCUCACAGAAGAUGUCACUCUGGAGAGAAGCCAUACAGUUGUACAGAAUGUGGAAAACGGUUCUCAUACAGUAGCACGCUAAAGAUCCACACAAGAACUCACACUGGAGAGAAGCCAUAUUGCUGUUCUGAAUGUGGUAAACAAUUCUCUGACAGUAGGCGACUUCAAAGACACACUAGAGUUCACACAGGGGAGAAGCCAUAUAGCUGUUCAGAAUGUGGCAAACAGUUCUCAAAUACUACAAGUCUUAAGAUCCACGAAAGAAACCACACUGGAGAGAAGCCAUAUUGCUGCUCUGAGUGUGGUGUACAGUUUGCUGGUAGGAACCAAUUUCAGAGACACAUUAGAAGCCACACUGGAGAGAAGCCAUUUUCCUGUUCUGAAUGUAGCAAACGCUUCACAACCAAUAGCCAGCUUCAGAUUCACACAAGAUCCCACACUGGAGAAAAGCCAUACAGUUGUACAGUAUGUGGAAAACAAUUCUCCUGCAGCAGCAGUCUUAAAAUCCAUACAAGAAUUCACACUGGAGAGAAGCCAUACUGCUGUCCAGAGUGUGGUAAACAAUUCUCUGAUAGCAGGUCACUACAGAGACAUAAAAGAAUUCACACUGGGGAGAAGCCUUACUGCUGUUCAGAAUGUGGCCAACGAUUCACACAAAGUUCCAGUCUUAAGAUCCACAAAAGAAUUCACACUGGAGACCAGCCAUGUAGCUGUUCAGAAGGUGGGGAACAAUGCUCAAGUAGAAGUCUUCACACCCACAGAACAAGUUAUGUUAAAGAGAAGCCAUACUGCUGUUCUGAAUGUGGAAAACAAUUCUCCUAUAUUAGCCAUUUACAUGAUCACACAAGAAUUCACACAGGAGAGAAACCAUUUCAUUGUUCUGAAUGUGGCAAACAGUUUUCUACCAGUGGUGUUCUUAAGAGACACACAAGAGUUCACACUCGGGAGAAGCCAUAUUGUUGCUCUGAAUGUGGUAAAUGGUUCUCUCACUGGAGCACUCUCAACAAGCACAAAAAAAUUCACACUGGACAGAAGUCUUUUUUCUGUGUGGCAUGUGGCAAAGGAUUCUUUACCAGGAGCCAACUUCAGGCCCAUACGAGAACUCAUACCGGAGAGAAGCCAUUCUGCUGUUCCACAUGUGGCAAACGAUUCACCACUAGCAGCAUUCUUCGUUAUCAUAUAAAACGUCACACUGAAGAGAAGCCUCAUACUGGUGAACAAGAAGAAAAAUAACAAUAUGGCACUAAUUAUUGGAAAUCUGUAAGGAUGAGUUGGGUAACAUUCUUUUGAUAGAUGAGGACUUGUGUAUAAUGACAAAUAACAAAGUCUUACUUUAGGCAGGCAUACAGAAAUUGAGGAGAUAUGAACAGAAACAUAGACAUAACAUUAACUUGGUGACAAGAUACAGUAUGGAAACAACUCUUAUAGCUCCACCAUAACACUGGCCAGAUCAUGGUCCCAAAUGUAAAAAAACAAAGUAAGAGAGCUUCCCUAAUGUGGAUUUUUUCAUUGUCUCAAGGGUUUGUUUUUGCCUUGUACCUGAGAUAGGCUUCAGAACUCCCCCAACAGAAGUGGAUACGUGGUUUAAAAUAGAAAUGGCUGGGUGGAUGUCUGACAACACUACUAUUGUCCCUGUCAUUGCACCCAACUUGAUCUGAAGCCGUACAGCACCGGUGAUAGGACCCCUUUAAAGCUCUUAUUUUCCCUAUAAGAUGAGCUGAUUUCUGUCCAUCCAGAAGCUGCCAAUGAAGGAAGAAAUUCAAAAAGAUUUUUCAGAUUGUCGCUACAAUUGAAUCUUCAAGUGUGUUUAAGCCAUUAAUGGUGUCAAAUGUGAAUACAGGUACAGCACAUAAAAAAUUAGUGCAGUGAGAGAGUGUGUCAAAGUUGACAAAUGGAAUCAUUUGAAUAUUGAAAGGCAAGAAUAGAAACCGAAGCUGCAGCAAAACCUUCAGAGAGUAAGUGCAACCAAUGAAGAACCGUACAACAGACGUAAAGUGAAACAACAGCACUUAAAUGGGAAAAUGAAUCUGAAGAAGUGAGAAUACACAAAGAGCCAGUGUAAGUGAACAUCAGCAUUCAAAAUAAACACAAUGUGAUAACCAGUUAUCAUCAAGUGCAAACACAAAAUGUCAUUUAGCAAAAAUCAGAAACCUAUAAAAAAAAAAAUAAAAAAAAUCUAGCAGAAUUUGCCAGUAAAGAUGGGCAUUUGGAGCCAUGAGGGGUCCAUAGUGCUUUAGAAUUUACAGUCAGAUAUGUCUUAAAACCGCAUGCAUCAUGGCCCUUGUCCUGGGGAAUUCAUUCAAAUUACUUGAUGCUUCUGUACUGAGAUAAUCUUGUAAUGUCAUCAAUCAGAAAGCAGCAGUCCAGUCCUUUUUGUCUUUAGCCUAGGUGAGACGCUUCUGACGCUGUCUCUUGUUCAAGAGUGGCUUGACACAAGGAAUGUGACAGCUGAAACCCAUGUCUUGCAUACGUCUGUGUGUGGUGGUUCUUGAAGCACUGACUCCAGCUGCAGUCCACUCUUUGUGAAUCUCCCCCACAAUUUUGAAUGGGUUUUGUUUCACAAUCCUCUCCAGGGUGCGGUUAUCCCUAUUGCUUGUACACUUUUUUCUACCACAUCUUGUCCUUCCCUUCACCUCUCUGUUAAUGUGCUUGGACACAGAGCUCUGUGAAUAGCCGGCCUCUUUAGCAAUGACCUUUUGUGUCUUGCCCUCCUUGUGCAAGGUGUCAAUGGUCGUCUUUUGGACAACUGUCAAGUCAGCAGUCUUCCCCAUGAUUGUGUAGCCUACAGAACUAGACUGAGAGACCAUUUAAAGGCUUUUGAGUUAAUUAGCUGAUUAGAGUGUGGCACCAGGUGUCUUCAAUAUUGAACCUUUUCACAAUAUUCUAAUUUUCCGAGAUACUGAAUUUGGGACUUUCAUUAGUUGUCAGUUAUAAUCAUCAACAUUAAAAGAAAUAAACAUUUGAAAUACAUCAGUCUGUGUGUAA